GAAAAUGAUCCAACGCCUCUUCGUUUCGUUUCGUCUGUCGGAUCGCGUCACUAACGCGGCUCUCGCGUCUUUGUCCCUCGCCCCGCCGCCUCGCUCUCCUCCUCCUCCGCCCCUUUCUCUGCCUUCUCAACCUCCUCUUUCUUCCGGAGCCGAGCGGCGUCGUUGAGCACCACGACGAAUCUGCUGUGCCGAGGACUGUCGCGGCAGACGUGGCGGCGGAGGCAUCGGAAUUGAUGCGGUCGAAUGAAGAUAGGGCGGAGGAGGAUUGCAGCGCGUCGACGAGAGAGGGAAUCGCUGCUGGAUCCGCUUUCGCUGGCCGCCUCGGCGGUCGUUGAUGGCUCUGCAGAUGACAUGGCACGCGCGCUUCCGAAAGGGGGGCGCCGCCCCUCUCGGUCUCAAAAACCUCGGCAACUCCUGCUACCUUAAUAGCGUUCUCCAGUGCCUCAUCUACACGCCUCCCCUCGCCCAGUUCUGCCUCUCCUUCCGCCAUUCCUCACUCUGCAAGUCGGUGUUCGCGAAUCGGGAGGAGUGCCCAUUCUGCAUACUCGAGCGGCAGAUCUCUCGAUCCCUCACUCUUGACGGAGCGAAUACCACCGAAGCGCCAUCCAAGAUUCUGAAGUGCCUAUCCCUCUUCGCGGAGCAUUUCCGCUGCGGGCGUCAGGAAGACGCUCACGAAUUCCUUCGCUAUGUGAUCGACGCAUGCCAUAAUGCCUGCAUCAAGAUCCACAAGCAAAGUGGAGGUGGUGGAGCCAUUGGAGGGGUCGUUAAUGUAGAUUCUAAGGUGGAUGAGCGCUCUGUGCCCAGCACGGUGAUGAAGGAGAUUUUUGGAGGGGCGUUGCUGAGUCAGGUGAAGUGCCUCGCUUGCAAGGGGGAUUCGAACAAAGUGGACGAGAUUAUGGACAUCUGUCUCGAUAUUUUCCAGAGCAAUUCCCUGAAGGAUGCCCUAGCUCGAUUCUUUCAGCCUGAAGUAUUGGAUGGCAACAAUAAAUACAGCUGCAGCAAUUGUAAAAAACUAUCAGUAGCCAAGAAACAGAUGUUUAUACUUCGAGCACCAAAUGUUCUAGUCAUCCAACUUAAGAGAUUUGAAGGCGUACAUGGUGGGAAGAUUAAUCGAAACAUUGAUUUUGAUGAGCUUCUUGGGCUUUCAAAGUUCAUGUCCAAUACAAGUCAGGAUCCGGAGCCAGAGUAUGGUCUUUUUGGAUGUAUAGUACACUCAGGUUUCUCACCAGAAUCGGGACAUUAUUAUGCUUACAUUAAGGAUGCUUCUGGUCGAUGGUUCUGUUGUAAUGAUGCCCAUAUUUCACGUUCAAGCUCACAAGAAGUUUUAUCUGAGAAGGUUUACAUGCUUUUUUAUAUACGCACUAAUUGUUCCCCAAAGACAAACAAAUCUGCUUUGUCUUGCAAUGGAUUCAAACCUUCUAUUGUAAAUGGUAGCAGUGUUGAAAGCCAAAAGACUGCAGAAACUUUAAAACCAAUGAUUGCUAAUACCAACGGGGCAUCUUCUACGAAUAAUGGUUCUGCAUUGCUGAAGAACAGUGAAGCUAUUUCAUCUCCACAAUUUAAACCCAUUAAUCUGAAGAACCUUGAGACAAAAAGGACUUUGCCAAAUGAUAAUGGGUACUUUAAUAUUCAGAAAAAAAGAGCUAUUGGGGAAGACACAACAACACAUGCAUGUAAUUCCCUUAGUGAAAAUAAGAUGUUACAAAAAUUUGAGACAUUGACAACUUCUAAUUUCGAUGCAGUUAAUGUGGACGUAUCUUCUGAUAUAGUCAGGCAACAAAAUAAGCAUGCGCCUCUUUGGCCAAAUGGAAAUGGGUGCUCUCAUCCAUCAGAUAGACACCUAAACACAGAGGACACUGAGUCUGCAGCAGCUAUAAGAAAAGGUUCUAGUUAUUCCAGGUCACCUAAACUGAUGAUUGAUAAGCAUCAUAAAGUUUAUUCAGAAGUACACAAUAUGAAAAGCAGAGAAAAUCCAGAUACGAGCUCUAAUGGUUCCACUGCUUUGCCAAGGGAAAAUAGCUCAAGCAAGAAUCAGUUGUCAUGUGAGAAAAGGCAUUCUCGAGAAAUUGAAAAGUUCAAAGAACUGCUCUCUGGAGAAGCCUCUUCCGAAUUGCACUCUUGUGGAUGGGUAGAUAAAGUUCAAGACUUUAUGCGAGCUAAAAAAAGACAGUGCAUGCAAGCCGCAGACACGUCUUAUGAUAAGAGUUUGAUAAGGAAACAAUUGAUAAGUGAUGCAAAGAAGACUUUCAUAUUGCAAAUUCCCGAAUCACUAAAGGAGCGCCUCAUCGAACGCCUCAGAUCUUUUAGUCAAGAAACACGUCUUUUGGAUCCUUGAAUAUGGAUUAAGUCAUACUAUGCUGCAACUGGAUGAUGCUUGGACAUAAGAUGACUGUUCCAAACUCAAAGGCUUACAUGCGGCUAUGAUUAUAUAUUCUUUCAAUACCAGGAGAAUGUCAAAUUUUUUACGGUAAAACAUCACCUUAAGUUUCUAGUUUUUCAGGUCUUCAUUAGUAACUCUUCUUCCCUCCAUCAGUGAGAUUCACAAUUUUGGCAUCGAAGAUUUUUUUGUACCGUUGGAGGCGUCAAAUGCAGAGUUACUCACCCCAUGUAAAAUAUGCUUUUUGUUAACUUUGCCUAUCAUCUCUUAGAGGAACUCCGUUUCGAGGAUCUCCUUUUAGAUAUCUUGAGCUGUUGAAUGUUUGAAUAUAAUGAAUGCAAUCAUUAAGCUACAUCAAGUAAAUUCUCCAUUUCUGCUCU